UAUUCACUAGGAAGUUACUAACAGGUCUAGAGUAAGUGUAUCAAAAAGACAAAGAAGAUUCUCGGAGUGGACUCAGUAAAUUUGCUUGAAUGGGAUUUAUUUGUGUACUUUGAGUAGACUGAGGACUCAUGGGUGAUUCCUCGGACGACUCUGAGGGGUAUGAGCGCCCAGUGCCUCGUUGUAAGUGUGACAAGCAGGUGGAGUUUGUGUGUGAGGCCUGUCAGAGAAGUCUGUGUAAAUCGUGUGUAGGGGAACACGUUGCGGACCGGAAGAGUGGCAGCCAUGACGUCAAAUACCAUCACAGCUUCCGGGAAAAAGACAAAAAGAAAGCUAAAAAUCAUCCCGUACCUGUGGCAAAGUGUGUUAUUGAUGGAUGGAAAAUGAGUGGAAAAACCAGCAUGAUUAAGGCGUACAUCGACGGCGCUUGUCCCGACUUUAAAACUAUUCACCCCACUACUCACGAGGUCCAUUCUGUGAGAAUCUCACAUCAAGGCCGAGAACUGUGUAUCCAGAUGUAUGACCUUCCAACUUCCGAAUGGUAUGACGAUCUGAGGAAGCUGAUAUUGCGGGAGACCUACGAUGUUUUCAUUCUCUGUAUUCCGAUUGAUUUCGUAAACUUGGAAAACGAAUCAAAAUUCUUUCUUAAAGAGUUACAUUCCAGUAUUCCAGAACUUCCGCCCAUAAUUGUGAUCGCCACGAAAAUAGAUCUGCGCGAAACCGGCGACGAGGGGGUACAGAGAAUUCCUCGCGGGAGAAACAAGCACCCCCCUGUGACUGACCGACCAGUAGUGUUCCUCCAACAUGGUCUCUUGGCCUCGGCAACAAACUGGGUCACUAAUUUAGCCAAUGAGAGCUUUGGGUUUGUGCUAGCUGAUGCAGGCUUCGAUGUUUGGCUGGGAAAUUCCCGAGGGAACACGUACUCCACUAAUCAUGUCAAGUUGUCGCCUAAAGAAGAUGCAUUCUGGGCGUGGAGCUGGGAUGAAAUGGCUAAGUAUGAUAUUCCUGCAGUCAUUGAGUACAUACUGAAAAAGACAGGAAAACAACAGCUCUACUUCAUUGGACAUUCUCAGGGAACGCUCCAAGCAUUUGCUGCAUUCUCGCAAAAUGCAACUCUUGCCAAAAAGGUUAAGCAGUUCUAUGCAAUGGGGCCUGUAGCCACUAUAGCUCACAUUGAGAGCCCCAUCAAAUACAUGUCAAUAUUUACUGACGAGUUAUUGUUUGGGUUGCUCGGUCGCAAAGAUUUCCUGCCCAAUGAUUGGAUCUUUAAGGUGCUGGGAAGCACCCUCUGUAAAGAGAAGAUCACAAGUAUUAUAUGUAUGAAUGUCAUCUUCCUGUUGGCUGGCUAUGACACCAGCAACCUCAAUGUGACCAGGCUUCCAGUGUAUAUAUCACACGCCCCCGCAGGGACCUCCAUGCAAGACAUGGUUCACUUUGCACAGAUGUCCAGAAGUGGUCGUUUCCAGGCGUUUGACUGGGGCUCACCGGCCAAAAACAGAAUCCAUUAUAACCAGGACACGCCCCCUGUGUACAAUGUGUCUACCAUGACCACACCCACUGUGCUUUUCUGGGCUGAUCAUGACUGGCUAGCAGAUCCCAAGGAUGUCGCAGCUCUUCAGGGGAAAAUAACCAAUUUGAAGGGCAGCUAUGAAGUGAAGGCUUGGAACCACCUGGACUUUAUUUGGGGGGUGGAUGCGGCUACCGUAGUCUACAAACCAAUCAUUGAACUGAUUAUCAAGGAUCUCAAGACAAACGGAUAACACU